AUGUACGGCGAGACUGGCAUAAUUAACUAUGUCCAUGGGAACAAAAACAUGCUUCUGAGGGAAGAACACUACAGAAUAAUUAAGGCUGCAAAUGACUUGGAUGAUUUAAAGGUGAAAUUGCAAAGCACAAUAUAUGGGAAGUAUUUGCUGGAGUCAAAGACGUCUUUGGCUUCAUUUAAGUCUGCCAUGUACAAGUGCAUUGACCAGCAGAUUAAAAUAACCCGGUCUUUUACAACGGAUAAAUCCUCUGCUCUAAUUGACUUCUAUAAAGAGAAAUUUCAGCUGGACAACUUCAUAUACCUCUGGGCCUGCAAGAAGGAGAGUCCUAAGCUUCUGGAGACAGAGAUUGACACGCAUCCACUGGGGGGAUAUCCUGGGUUGGAUUUCAUUAAAGUGACGCAGUCUGCCAAGGACACAUGGAAGUAUUGCUUGGAGAAUACGUCACUCAGUAAGUAUGUGGAGGGCCUUGACUCUGACCUUCUUAAUCGGGAUAUUCAGUAUGUGAAGAGUGUCUUGCAGAAGAGGUAUAUUGAAUUUGUGUAUGACUACUGCAUGAAGAAUGAUCUCUGCCUCUCUGAGCUGAUUGUCUUUGAGGGAGACAAGAUAAUCAUUGAGAUACUUUAUGCGCUCAUGAAUGGGAACAUGUCAACCUCUGAGAAGAUGAGUCUUUUCCCGCGGUGCAACAGCUUCACGAAUGUGCACAAAGAACUCUUGCUAAACUGCAAGAAUACAAGUGAGCUGGAGGGAGUGCUUAGCACACAUAUCAAGUACCGGAAUAUUGUUGGGAAUGAGACGGGUGUAGAGGAUGCCUUGCUUCGGGAGGAGAUCAGGCUCUGCAACAAGUCAUUCUAUAUAUACGAUGACUACAGCGUGGUCUACACACAGCUGAUUCUGCAGGAAAUAGAGGUUCGAAAUAUAAUAUUUCUGGCGGACUGUGUGAUACAGGGCCACAACCACAGGGAUGACAUCGUAAAUGUAACAGAAAAUUAA